AUGCGUUCGGCCGCUACCUGGUCGAUCAACCGUGUGCGCGGACCCGGGGUCAGACUUGGAAGUCUAGGUCACAUUUCCGGCCCUAACCGGCCCGAGCCUCAACGUGCAGCACGUCCCAGGGCUAUCCUGGAGAAAAGAAUUCAGUGCGUCACAGCGACUAUUGUGGUUGGAGUGCUCACUAUCCAAGUUUCCCUGGACCAUGCCCCCGAAUCUAACUCUGAAACGUACCCUGGAGUGACGGCCUCCUGGCUCCGUCUAGUACCACCUCACGCUUCCUUUCAUGGCCAGCACCAGGGCGAUGCUGUGGGGGCACAGCCGGCACGGCAACUUACACCGCGCAGCUUUUGGCCUGUUUCACGCGCCAAAUGCGCCACGACUCGCGUGGGUCUGGCACAGGCACAGGUAAUCCCAGACUCGUGGUCAUCGUCGUCACACUGUUGCCAGUAUUCUGGAGGCGCCACGCGACAGCACUAG